AUGCAUGCUCUAUCUCUCAGCGUGGCAAUCGCUACCGUCUAUGCAGCCGCAGUCCUUGCUGUUCCUCUAGACGCACCAGUGCCAGUACCGACUCUUCCAGUCGAUCCUUCCGUCGCUGUCAAGAUGGCGACUGAUGACAACACGAAGUUCUGGGCACAGUGUGUGGCGCCGUACGUUAAUGACUUCAGUAAACUUGCCACAAUCACCGUUGUGGCCAACCUUAACGAGCAAAGCAUCAAGCUUACCGAAGGUGUCGAUGCUAUCAAAGCGUGUGCUGUGGCCUAUCAGGCAGAUCUCCAGAAGGACCUCGAUUGGGGCACCACCAACGGGAUGAAUCUGAAGGAUGAGACUGUCCAAAAGCUCAAGGCUCUGAUUGACGCUACCGGUCGGGAGGUCACGGCUACCUUCGAUAAGAUCUCAACAUGUGCCAAUACCAUCGCGAGCAAUGUUGGAGCAGCUAACGCUGCCACUAUCAACCUCUGGAGGACCACGGCUAUGACAGUCCUCCGCCCUGUUUUUCACCCUUGA